AUGGAUUCAGCAGCCAAUAUUAAAAGAUCAAUCCGCAUAAUUAAGAAAAAGUCCAAAACCUAUGAAGACAUUGAAGAACUCAAUGCUUUACUCAGCGACCUAAAACCUCUACAAAGCGUUAUGGAUACGUUAACCAUGACUAACCGAAUUCUUUUAUUAAGCAGUUUUACUGUUGUAGAACUAAAAGAGAAUGAAUUAUUAUUUUCCAAAGGAGACCCAAGUGACUGUAUCUAUGUCAUUUUAUCUGGUUCUCUGCAGCUUUAUAACCAUUCUCAAAAGGGCAAAACUGACAUGAUACCUGGAAAUAUUCUAGGAAAAGGGACGAUUCUUGGAGAAAGAGGAAUUUUGAAAAAUCUCACGAGGAGUUUGACGGCAAUUGCAGUAGAACACAUGCACUUGCUUAGACUUGAGGCCCAAAUUUUCAAAUCUCUAUUAGGCAAAGAAAUGAACGCCAACAUGGAAACAAAAAGAAAAAUCGUGGAUCAGUAUAUUCCUGGUCUUUUACAAAUGCCAGCUCAACAAAAAGAAAGGCUGGCUUAUUUAUUAGAUAUUGAGUAUUAUAACCGAGGAACUGUAAUUACAAAGCAAGGGGUUUUCAAUGAAAAAAUUUUAAUAGUCUUAGAAGGUGAGUGUAAAAUAUUUUUUCAGCAAGGCCAAUACAAGCGGUUUUUAUCAACACUAGAAAAAGGCUCGUGAAUUGGAGAAGAAACGGCUUUAUUCGACAAGCCUUCAGCGUUUUCAGUUGUGGUUACAUCAGACACAUUAAAAGCAGCUAGAAUAAAAAAUUCGGAUAUUAAGCAGGUAUACCCUCAAGCCGCUGUGCAGAUGUUGAGGUCUUCCUACCAUGCACGUGAAUUGGCAAGAAAUAAACUUGCUAAUUUUUCCCACCCUUGCUUAACUCCUAAAGCUUCUGUGCCUUCUUCACCAAGAAGUUUUCCAUUAGCGACGCCAAAGGCAAAACAAAAAAUGAAUUCUCUUAUACAAAAUUCGCCACAUUUUAGAAGCACAACGCUUGCCCAAGAGCUUCUUAAGUGUAAUUUGAAAGGGGAUAUUGAGAGCCAAAACGAAUCAAAAGCAUUUAGGAUUAGACGAGCAUUUGCGAGAUGUAGGUCACAAGAAUUAAAUCCAUAA